GCACAGCAGCCUGGGAAAAAUUCUUCAAUGUGAAGACAUCUAUAGAGAAGGUCAACACAUCGGUUGUUCCUUUGCUCUGACUGAAGUGAAGGAUUCCAUUUUCGAACAGCACAGUGUCCAAAUAAUGGUCAAGGAUAAUGCAGGAAAAAUUAGACCAUUUUUCAAUAUAGUGCCUUUAACUUCUCAUGUGAAGCCUGAUCCUCCACAUAUUAAAAAGCUCUUCUUCCAAAAUGGUGACUUGUAUGUGCAGUGGAAGAAUCCACAGAACUUUUAUAGCAGAUGCUUAUCUUAUCAAGUAGAAGUCAAUAACAGCCAGACUGAGACUCGGGAUAUUUUCUCCGUUGAAGAGGCCAAAUGUCAGAAUCCAGAAUUUGAGGGAGACCUGGAGGGUACAAUUUGUUUCAUGGUCCCCGGUGUUCUUCCUGAUACUGUGAACACAGUCAGAAUAAGAGUCAAAACAAAUAAAUUAUGCUAUGAGGAUGACAAACUCUGGAGUAAUUGGAGUCAAGCGAUGAGUAUAGGUAAGAAGGCCGAUCCCACAUUCUACAUAGCCAUGUUACUCAUCAUUCCAGUCAUCGUUGCAGGUGCCAUCAUAGUCCUGCUGCUUUACCUAAAAAGGCUCAAGAUCAUUAUGUUUCCUCCAAUUCCUGAUCCUGGCAAGAUUUUUAAAGAAAUGUUUGGAGACCAGAAUGAUGAUACCCUGGUAAGCACUGACUCUAUGAGGUUUGAAAUUG